AUGGAAUACCAUACAAAUACCAAAAUAAAGUACGGGGUGCUGUGCAUACCGGCGGGUGCAAUCUUUCCGCUGGUGGACUGCUUUUUCUUUGUGGAGUUACCGCGGAAGACGCUGGUUGGGCUGCGGAUGGCUACGGCGAGUGGGCGCCACACGACCGCCAGCACUGUGAGGCAGUUCACUGAGUGUCUGGCGGCUUAUUUUAAUGGUUGGGAGGAGUUAUCCCAAGAAUUCUCGUGGGAGAUUAUUUAUGUGCAGCACGCAGACAGCAUGCCGAUGAACGACUGGCGGAGAUGUGAUGUCGACAAUCCCAAUAGUGUGAGCCGCGCUGAAAGCCGAGAGAUUGCGGCGUUCUGGAGGAAGAGGUGCGCCAGUACCAAGUAUCAAUAUCAUCCAGAGACUUUAGAAGAGACGAAGCUCUCCGAAGUGUGCUAUAAUAAUAAUAAUAAUAAUAAUAAUAAUAAUAAUAAUAAUAAUAAUAAUAAUAAUAAUAAUAAUAAUAAUAAUAAUAAUAAUAAUAAUAAUAAUAAUAAUGGGAAAAUAGAUUAG